CAGGUGGAGUGACCAGAACUCAGCUGACAUUCACCAGAGUGGAGGAGCCGGAUGACACAGGAGCAAUGGACCUGACCACUAUCUUGCAUUCUCUCUCUCCUCUUCCUGUCCUCACUGUCUAUAUUCUUCAAUCAUGGUCUAUACAGCAUGGAUACCCAGCACUGCCUCCUGGACCUACCCCAAUUCCUUGGCUGGAACCCCCAGUACAUGGACAUAGAUAUGCUGCAAUACUUUCCAACAGCUCAGCCAGAAAUACGGCUCAAUAUUCACCAUCUGGAAAAUGUCAGAACCUAUGGUUGUUUUGUGCGGUUAUGAGACGGUGAAAGAAGCCCUGAUAGAUCACGCCGAGCAGUUCAGCGCGCGUCCGUAUAUCCCAAUGCUGCAUCUCUCCACCAAGGGAUAUGGUCUUCUUGGACCACGAUGGCGCUCACUCCGCCGCUUCACCAUGACAUCUCUCAGAAAUUUUGGGAUGGGAAAUAAUGUCAUGGAGAGAAGGGUACUGGCAGAGUCCAAGUAUCUUGUCCAGGCUGUAUCAGAGACUAGAGGGAAAUCCUUCCAGCCAAGAAUGCUCCUGGCCAGCGCUGUGGGAAACAUCAUCAGUUCUGUGCUGUUUGGAGAGCACUUUGAGUACAAGGAUGAGAAGCUCCAGGAACUUCUCAUGUCCACAUACAGAUACGUCAGAGGAACCAAUUCUCCACUAAGCACGAUCUGCAAUAUUUUCCCAGUUCUUCUGAAGAUCCCGUUCGUCAGACGUAAAGCCUUUAAAGAAUAUACUUUUCUGCAGACAUAUGUGACAAAACAUAUAAAGUACCACAAAGAGACUUUAAAACCGGAGUCACCUCGGGAUUUCAUGGACAAUUUCCUUCUGAAGAUAAAAGAGGUGAAACAUGAGAUGGAUCCAGAUUUCUGUGACACCAGUCUCAUCAUGGUGGUUACAGGACUGUUAACAGCCGGCACAGACACAACGGGUUCUACCCUAACAUUCAGCCUGAUGGUAAUGGCCCAUUAUCCAGACGUGCAAGCUAAAGUUCAGCAGGAGAUAGACGAGGUGACCAAGUCUUUGCGUCUCCCCGAGAUCAUGGAUAAACCCCAACUGCCGUAUACAAAUGCUGUCCUCCAUGAAGUGCAGAGAGUUCUCGACCUGGCUCCAACUGCAAUUCUCCAUGCCGUCACAGAAGACAUCAAUUUUAGAGGUUACACCCUCCCAAAGGGUGCAACCGUGAUCCCCUUCCUCACCUCCGUCCUGUCAGACCCAUCUCAGUGGGAGACUCCAGAAGAGUUCAACCCCAGACAUUUCUUGAAUGAGGAGGGCCAAUUCCGCACCAGGUUGGCGUUCAUGCCUUUCUCAGCAGGGAAGCGAGCUUGUCCUGGAGAGAACCUGGCCCGCAUGGAGCUCUUCCUGCUCCUCUCCGCUCUGCUCCAGAAAUUCACUUUUACCCUCCCCCCGGGGACACAACGUCAGAAUGUGAAGUUUCUGAGCCAAAACAAGCGUCCAAUCAUUUUAUCAGGAGAGUUAUGUGCUGAGCCUCGUUCCUUGUCCAAGUGACCACCUGCUGUCCAGUCGCACACCAUGGAAGAGAAUGAGAAGACGUGACAACACAGAAAAUGUUACCAAAAAGUCGCUGAAGAAAAAUGUUAUAGUGUUUACAAACUGAGGAAUAAUCUGGUGUGGGGAUUCGCUCUGAUAGACAGGGUGUGCGGACGCAGUACAGAGGCAAAUUACCAGUUCUUAUAUGAAUAUAUGUUUAUUCAUACAUAAAGCAAA